UAAGAGUUUUGGAGAAGCAAAAACUCCAAAACAGUGUCGUCUAUUGGAGUACCGCAGUUGCUCCAAAAUAAAGCCCAAACCCGACCCAAAUUCCUCCUCUUCUCUCCUCCACCCCUCCCCCAAGUAAACAAAAGGCGCCCAUGGCCUCCCGGAUCGCGAGGCUGCUCCACCACCACCAGCACCGCCGCCUCCUCGCCACCGCCGCGGAGGCCUCCGCUGGCCACGCGCCGCGCGGUCCCAGCGCUCUCUCCAAGGAUGUUGCAAAGGCUGAAGCUUCAUUUUUAAAAAAUUCAAGGCGGUACAUGAUCAGGUCAAACCCUUCAGGUCCACUGACUACACAUCACGAGUGCCGCAGAGUAUUUCCUUCUGUAAUAAGUCCAUGUGCAUCUUACUCUACACAAGCUUCAGACCAGAAUCCAAAAGAGAGGAAAGACUUGUCAACUGCAGAAGACCCCUUUGAUGCCAUUACCGAUAAUAUACCUGAGAAACCAGUGACAUUUACCGAAGGUGCUUCUUACAGUCUUGUAAUACUUGCUGGGCUUGGAAUUGCAGCUGUGGCUGGAUAUGCUGUUUUCAAGGAGCUUAUAUUUGAACCAAAAGAGUACAAGAUAUUUGGGAAAGCUCUAGCAAGAGUUCAGAGUGACAGCCAGGUCACGGCUAGAAUUGGCCACCCUAUUACUGGAUAUGGUAAUGAAACUAGAAACCGUGCAGCUCGGCAGCGAAUUCCAAAUAAGGUUUGGACAGAUGAGGAUGGUGUUGAACAUGUGGAGGUAAACUUUCUCAUCCGUGGGCCACAUGGAGCUGGAAAGGUGUAUUCGGAGAUGUUCAAAGAUAAUUCUGACAGGACAUGGAAGUUCACAUACCUUGUUGUUGAGAUUGUGUCACCACAUCGUACACAACUGAUGUUAGAAUCUUAUAUACCAGCGUAAGGAUGCAAGAAAUGGAAGCAGUUAGCAGUGGCACAAUGUUGUAAGAUUUUUUUUCCCAUCCAGUUUAGAGUUUGGCAAAGUUGAGAAGAGAAACAAGUCUGGUGAAACUGAGAAGGUUAGGAACAGGUUUUUGCCAUAAUUGGGAAAUUUUGGGACGAGCUUUCAGAAUGUGCAGGCAUCUAACCUGUAUUGUGGAAGAAUAACCGGUUCUUGCAUCAUUUGAAGGCAGUGUGGUUUCAGACUGAUGAUGUCUUGCUAUGUUUCAAUGCUUCUUUAAAGUUUUCAGUGUCCCAAAUUAAUCGGGUAAAACCCCUGCAUACCUGGAUAUUUUUUAGGAUAAUUUUGAUAUGUUAAUCUCAAAAGUAUUUUAUAUUCUCCAGACAUGUGCCCCUACCGGUAAGUCAUCUAUGUAAAAUCGUAGCAUAUGAUGUCGGGACUCUAAUUAUCACUAGGCUAUUUGUGGAGUUAGUUUACUUUCAGCUACUCGUUUCAGGGCAAGAAUCUAAUCGUGACUAUUUAAAAGCAUUCCUAUUCUGGGGAACAGUUUUCUUUUCUUGAGGAAAAAUGUAACUAAUUUGCAACACGGAAUAACUA